AGUCGCGAAAUAAACGCUGCAGGCGAACCAAUCCGCUCCCCAGACAGAUAAAAUAGAUCAGAUAUAGCCAGAGAUCGGUUGAGAUCGGUUGAGAGAUCCUCGAGUUGGCGUUCAAAGACUUGAGAUCUUUAAGGGAAUUUCCUAAAGAACUGACAGAGAUCGUGAAAAAUACUGAUUGUUUUUUUUUAUAAAUCAAAGAGGAUCCAGACUAUAUUAGAGUACUUAAGAUAUCGUUGCGAUCUCUGAUACCCUUGGUGAUUAACUUUUUGUUUGAGUGCCUGCCGUCGGUUGCUUUUUUGUUGUGUGCCCGCGCCCAGUCAGUCCCUGGUCAAGAUGAUCUGCCCGAAACGCACCUCGGAGCUGCUGGACCUCCACCUGGCCCCAUUUAAGGACAAGGAUCCGGCAUGGGAGAUCGGGGUGUCGAGGAUCGCCGGACGGGGAGUGGUGGCCACGCGGAGCUUGAAGCGGGGCGAGAUCAUCUUCCGGGACAGCCCGCUCCUGAUCGGACUGGCCGCCCACGAGGAGGACGCCCUGAAUGCGUGCAGUGUGUGCCUGAAGAUGCUCCCAGACACGAGGUUCAUGUGCCGCCAGGGAUGCGGAUUGCCCGUGUGCAGCCUGUGUGCGAAGAAGAAACAGCAUAAGGGCGACUGCGAUCUGUUCAAGUCGUGGGGACCCAACGAGCCGGACGUGGCCAACUCGGUGAUCAUCCGGCUGCUGUGCGUGGCCAGGGCCAUCAAUCUGAGCAAGGAGCAGCGGGACCUGAUCUACUGCCUGCAGGCCAAUCUCGACAAUAACCAUCGCACCGAGGUGCGUAAUGCGGCCAAGUGCUUCAAGAACUUCCCCACCGACAAGAAGCUCAUCGAGAUCAUGAACCGCACCGUGGCCGUUUUAAGGACGAACGGAUUCGACAAGACCACGGACAGGACGAACGACAACCAGGAGUUCAACUACCGGGCCCUCUAUCCCCUGUUCGGCGUCGUCAACCACGACUGCAUUCCCAACGCCUACUACACCUUCGAGGAGAAGACCAACAACAUGAUCGUCCGCGCGGCAGUCGACAUCCCCGAGGGAUUCGAGGUCACCACCACCUACACCAAGCUCUUCACCGGCAACAUCGCCCGCCACCUCUUCCUCAAGAUGAAGAAGGGCUUCACCUGCAAGUGCCCGCGCUGCUCCGAUCCGACGGAGAAGGGUGCCUUCAUCUCGGGAUUGUAUUGCCGGGACACGAACUGCACGGGUCUGGUGGUGCCGGAGAUCUCCGGACUGCCGCAUCCCAAUUGGAACUGCCUGGAGUGCAAGCAGAAGUCCACGCAUGCGCAGAUGAUGAAGUCGCAGGACUUCGCCAGCGGGGCCAUCAACGCCAAGGCCAAUUCGAAUUCGCUGAGGACUCUGGUGCAGUACCUGAACGAGAAGAGCGACAGCUUCAUCCCGAACUCCAACUACGUGGUGGUGGACGCCAAGAUGUCCGUGCUGCAGCGUCUGCAGCAGGGACGCGAGGACUGCUCCGAGGAGCUGGCGAACAAUACCCGCCUGCGCUACAGCCGGGACAUCACCCAGGUGAUGGACAAGCUGGGCCUGGGCGACAGCCUGCUCCGCACCCACCUGGAGGAGCAGCUGCGGCGCGAGGAGGAGCGCCGGGCCAAGCGGCUGGCGGAUGAGGCCGAGAAGCAGCGCAAGCUGGCCGAGCUCCAGGCCAAGGCCGCCGAGGCGGACCAGCUGCUGGCGGUCCUGGAGAAGGAGCAGGCGGAUCAGGCAGCCGCAUCGGCGGGCACAGCCGAUCCUGGCACGGCUCCUGCUCCUCCGCCAGCUGCCGCCGAGCUGGCUUAGAUAUGCGCUGUAUCAAGCCCCAUUUUCCGGGACUCGAGUGGUUUCUUCAUUUCUUUCAUUUCCCUUUAAAUAUUUAAAAUACAGCUGUGCUCAAAAUAAGGCUCAAAAAAAUAAUAUGCCUAAAAGGCAUACUUUUAAAUCAGUUGAAUAUCAACUGUUCGAUUUUCUUAUUUCCAUUCGAAAUCAAUUUCAGUUUCAGUUUUCCAAUACUAAAAAAAGCUAAUAAAAGUUUCCACAAAAACUAAUGACAAAACAGAAAUUAUUUCAUAAAAAUGCAAUCAAAACAGAAAUUAUUUCACAAAAAUGCAAUCAAAACACAAUAAAUUCGUUGACAUGUGGAAUUUGGAAUGAAAUUAAAAAUUUAACUAUGCUUUUUAUAUUUACAACUUUUUGCCUUAACAUUAAAUAUUAGUAAAUAAAGUUAUUUCGAACACAGCUGUAAGUCCGAUGCUAAUGGGAAAUUAAAGGUCCUCAUUUUACAUUUGGUAAUGAUUGCAGUGAUAUAUAAAAUAUAUAAUUUACCGAGAGCUCGCGUCCCAAAAAUGUGGCUAAAUACGUGUAGUCCCCCAACAGUCCUCUGGUCACCUCUCCCAGUUCUGUGUUGUGUGUACUAAACUAAAUAAUUGUAUCUGUAUUUGUAUUUAUUUAUUUAUAAUAAAUUAAAAAUUAUACUCGA